AUGUCGCAACCACAAAGAGUAUUCAGUGCAAGAAGAGAAGAUGACGACGAGGUAAACACGCCACUUAUUGCGAGAGACAUCCCUGGCGCUUCAUCCAACGCAUCUCCAAGACCAAAUGCCUCACGUUCUUUCCCACAAAGAAGCUCUCAUUACAACACUUUUGUCGAACAGCAACAACAGAAAUUGCAAGCAAGGUCCAACAAACCCAAACUACCUAUGCGUACAACUAAAAUCUCUCAGAAGUUGAAGCUGUUUCCCGAAGACAACGAUCAAUGGAAUGAAGAUGCUGAUCAAAACGAAGCUGAUGUGUAUACUCAGAUUGCAAAGAUACCGCACGGCAUGGCGAGACAAGAGGCUGAAAUGCUGAACAAAAUGGAUCGAAGUGAACUGUCAAGAAUGACAGCUUAUUGUACCGCAUCUGCUUAUCGCAUGGAUGCGUUGGUGAAAUAUCUUCAAUCCAAGAAGAAAUCAAACGGCACUGCCCCCAAACGAUUCGACGAAUGUCUGUAUACACCUUAUGCAUUUACGUAUCCAGUAGCACCACCUCACGCAUCUGCCAACUCUGUCAAUACAAGCCAAAAAUUACCUGAGAUGUUCUUGUUCGAUUACGGUGUUGUUGUGUUUUGGGGUAUGACUCUCAAAGAAGAGCAGAGGAUAUUGAAACUGUUGGUUCCAUUCGAGGAGGAAAAACUUGAUGCCGAUGAUGUUGAGACGGAAGAGUUCCAUUACUACUACAAUGAAGCAUACCAGCCACGUAUCUACAAUGAUAUUAUUACGCUAAGACACCCAUCAAACUAUCUUAUCAAAUUGACUAUUGCACAUGCAAUCGCACAAAGUGUCAAGAUGACUCUCUUCGAGAGGCUGAUUGAUGAUACCAUCAACGAAACCAAAUACAUUCCUCAGGUCAUGGCUGAAAGUGGAAAUAUACAAAUGUCUAGAACUGCAAUUACAAAAAAGAUUGGCCAGUUGUUCAUCAUGCGUAUCAAUGUCAAUUUGGUCUCCAACAUUUUAGAUACACCAGAGAUCUUUUGGUCAGAGCCUACUUUGGAGCCAUUAUACAGCGCUAUCCGUGGCUAUUUGGAAAUCUCACAACGGGUGGAACUCUUGAAUCAGAGAGUAGAAGUGAUCAGUGAUUUAUUGGAAAUGCUGAAGGAUCAUUUGAAUAGUUCGCAUGGUGAGCAUUUGGAAUGGAUUGUGAUCUGGUUGAUUGGAAUGGAGAUUUUAGUUGCUGUCAUUACCACUUCAUUAGACGCAUUCAGUCUGUACUAUAAUAAAGAGUAA